CCAGAUCGGUGGUGAAGUAAAGUACUAUCAACUAUUUGCACAGGUAUGGUAUUUUAGAGUGGCAGGCGACAAGUGUGGUUAAAAAUGACCUGUAGUUAUAGUCAUUUAAUGGAGUUAAAAUUAAAUCAAUUCUACAUUCAUCAUGACGUGUUAACGCAGCCACGAUACAGCAUCAGAACAAGCCGCUGUUGAGCACAUAAGAGAAGAACCACAUCCGAGGUUUUCCCUGCCAGCUAAAUAGCCCCAGCGUGACUAGUUCCAGCAUGUUUUGUUCUUUUACCAGUGCCUUUCUGGCAACAUUGAUGUUUAUCCUGACCCCUGGUGCAGCUCAAAUCAAUCCAGCCAAUGCGUUUUUGGAAGACAUUUUCCGUUUCUACCAUCAAAAUGAGACUAUUUCCAGAGAGAGUAUUGGUGCCAUGCUGGAAAAAGUUGGAGCCAGGACACCGUCAGCUAAUACGGACGAGUUGGAAACUUUUCACUUCUCUAAGUGCUUGUCCGUUGAACACAUUUUUUCACUGUAUGGAUUGAGUAACGAUAGUCAGCUAACAUCAGCAAACUUUGAAAACAUCUGCCCAGCGAUUCUACAGCAAGCUAUCAUUCAGCCUUGUGUUUCCAAAGCAACUGAACCUAAUCUUCCUGCUCUUAAACCAGUACCUUACCAAGUCUGGGGGUUUGGAGUCCUAGCUGUAACCCUUAUCAAUUUGGCCUCACUUCUGGGUCUUGCUCUGGUUCCUUUUACCAAGAAGCCGUACUUUCCAAAAGUGUUGACAUACUUUAUAGGGCUGGCCAUUGGCACUCUUUUCUCAAAUGCUGUUCUGCAGCUUAUUCCAGAGGCCUUUGGAUUUGAUCCUAAAGUGGAUAAUUAUGUUCUUCAAGCAGUUGGCAUAUUUGGAGGAUUCUACAUCCUUUAUUUCACAGAAAAGUUAUUACAGCUGGUAUUAAAAACAGAGCACCAGCAUGGACAUAGUCACUCCAAUCCUUCAGGUGAAUUGUCAGAUGGUGACAAAAUUAGAAUGGAUGCCAUCAAGAAUGGAGACCCUGUUGGUAGCACUCAGAUUGUCACUGUUUCCAGUUUCAGCAACAGUAGUGAUGGGGACAGUAUUAAGGAUGCUUCUAACAGAGUGCAGGACACCCAGCUGUCGCAGGGCUACUGUAGCUGGCUUAAAGGGCCAAAUAUUUCUAACAUAAAAACGGUUGCUUGGAUGAUCACACUGAGUGAUGCCGUCCAUAACUUCAUUGACGGGCUGGCCAUCGGUGCAUCCUUCACAGUGUCAGUGUUCCAGGGGGUGAGCACCUCUAUAGCGAUCGUGUGUGAGGAGUUUCCUCAUGAGCUGGGUGAUUUUGUUAUCCUCUUAAAUGCAGGCAUGAGCGUCCCACAGGCCUUGUUCUUUAACCUCUUGUCUGCCUGCUCCUGCUACAUCGGACUGGUCCUGGGGAUUGUUAUAGGCAGCAACUUCUCUCCUAAUAUCAUCUUUGGACUUGCAGGUGGAAUGUUCUUGUACAUCGCUCUGGCAGACAUGUUCCCAGAGAUGAAUGCCGUUCUGAGAGAUGAAAAAAGAAACACAAAAAACAAUAUCAUAUUUUUCCUACUACAGAAUGCUGGCCUGUUAUCUGGGUUCUCCAUUAUCCUGCUAAUCACUGUGUUUGCUGGUGAAAUGAACUUUGGUAAGACUCCUUGAAGGGUUAAAGGUUCAUGUCAGUUUUAGAACCGUGGACGAUAAGGAACAAACUGAAAGCACACAGUACAACAUAUUGGUGCUAAAUACAAUGCGUAAGAGCAGAUAGAUUAAUUGUGGCUAGUGUUGGUAGGACUUCAUUAUAUAUUUGAGAUUGAUAAACAAUGACUGUAUUGAUUUAUACUCCU